AUGGCAGAACUACUACACCAGCAUUUCUCCCAUGAAUGCGCAUUGAAAUCACCAAAGAUCGUCACCGAUGAUAUCUGCAGCAUCUGCUUCGAAGAUGUUCCUGUUGAAUUCACCUGCAGCCGUUGCAAUUUUGACCUGUGUAAAGCUUGCUUUGAGUUGCCGCAGAAGGUGUCACAUGAUUUUCACCCAGAGCACCCUCUGGAGUUUUGCUUGGGCCAAUAUGAUCGGAAACCUGGCCAUGUCAUCUGCUCAGGGUGUGGAAACAUGUGUUCUCGCUCCUUCUACGAGUGUAAAAAGUGUGAGAUCUACCUUGAUUUGGGCUGUGCUCUCAUGGAGAACAUCUUCAGGGGAUGGGAUGCCAAAGAAUUACUCCACUACAGCCAUUCUCACUUGCUUAGAAGGAGCAGACCAGGACCAGACGCUAAAGGAUCUUGCCUACUCUGUGAGCUUCCCCUCUCUCCUUCCGCCAUAUGUUACGGCUGCGUUCAUUGUUACUUGUUUGUCCACGAGCACUGCUUUGGUCUUACCAUGGAGAUUCAUCAUCCCGUGCAUCCGAAGCACCUGCUUAUGCGCCUUGAUUACAUACAACUUUGUGGUGGUGAUAAAACUUGUGAUGCUUGCGGACUCAGUUUCGUCGGUGUCCCAUUUGGUUGCCUUAGCUGCAACUUUUACAUUCAUCUUAGAUGUGCGGAUUCCUUACUGCGAGGUUUAGUGCACAAGUCUCAUGAUCACAUGUUGUUCUAUGUAGCUACUAAUGCUGAAACAGCUCUUAAGAAACGCGGCUGUGGAAUAUGCAAGAGGAAACGUGUAGUCUCUCUUGACUGCUAUUAUCAAUGCGUGCAAUGUGAUUGGAAGUGUCAUUUCAAGUGUCUUGAGAUACCUGAAUCAGUGGUCAACACAGGUUUUCACAUUCAUCCACUUGUGUGUAAAACGUUCCUAGCAGAGGAUGAUUCGUUGGAACAUUGUGGUGUUUGCGAGACAGUUGUAAACGAAGGACAUUAUGCUUAUUCAUGCAAUGAAUGCGACUUUCUUGGCCACAUUGAAUGCAUUCUACGCAAGGACGAGCCUUCCCCAUUGUACUUGAAAGAUCUAUUUUCUCCUAGUAAGGACAUCAAGAGAAGGACAGACGAAAUAGAAGACAAAAUUGUGGUCAACGAUAUCGGAGAAAUUCAUGAGUUGAGAUUGAAAAUGCGGGACAUGACAGAGCGUUGUGAUAGUGUAUAUUGCAAAAUAUGUGCUCGAGAAAUAUAUGGUAACCCAUGGAAGUGUGAGGAUUGUAAUUUCGUGGCACAUUAUUACUGUGCAGAGCUGGGACGGCCAUCAAGGCAGCGAAUUCAUUUAGACCAUGUUUUGACACUCCUACCACAUCGCCCUGCAGGGGUUAUUAUCAAUUGCAACACUUGCAAAAACGAAAUCUCUGGAUUUAAUCUCUUUUGUCGCAUAUGCAGUUUCACCAUAUGCAUUCGGUGCCUAGUAAGAAGUAAAGAAUUUCUUGGGGUGUUAUAUAGGGGGCAGAAAGUCAUUGGAAUCACAGAAGAGCAAUGCAUGACAGAAUAUCAUGACUUGGUUGAAGUUAUUGUAUCGAGGUCAUAUCCCAUGGUUUGCGCUCUUUGUGAAGAUAGUGUGUGUGGAGAAAGUCUAUCAUGUAUGGAUUGUGGAGAGAUAUAUCAUCAUCCGUGUGUGGAACUUUCGAGAGAAGAAGCCUAUCAACUUCAUCCUGGUCAUGACCUUGAAAUUAAACAGAUCAGUGGAUUCAAGUGCCUUGCAUGCAAGCUGAAUAUUAUCAAGUAUGGCAUUUAUUGUCCCACUUGUAAAGUCGGUUUCCAUUAUCGAUGCAUCAAAGCGGGGACUGUCUCGGAAAAUACCAUGGCUCAUAGUCACAUUCUCUAUAACUUUUGGAGCAAUGAUUUGCGGCUGACUCGUGCAUGUAGUGUUUGUGAUAAACUAUGUGGUGCGUCGUUCUACGGCUGUCUUGGAUGUAAUUUCUUUGCCCAUGUCGAGUGUAUUGGGUUUCCACCGAUUGCGAGGAGCCAACAGUAUCAGCAUAUUGUCGUGGAAACUUAUACUGACCGCAGAUGUAGAUGUUCUCUUUGUGGUUCAUAUUGCAGCCGUGAUAUGUACUAUUGCUUACACAGUGACGAGGACUACUUUCAUCAGGAAUGCAUAAUAACCAUGGAUGACCGUAAGGAAGCUACAGAAGAAGAGCAGCUUGGAGAGAUUUAUCUUAUGUACCUUGAGAUUGAGCUCGCCAAACUGUUGAGUGAAGACAGCGACAAUGAUUAUUCUUAG